GUUUAGGGAUCAUCAUCGUUGUGCAUCACCUUGGUGCAAAACGUAAACAGUACUCUAAAAAGUAGUCACAUUUUUAGCGCAGUCGCACUGCGGUCGAAUAUAAGCGACCACAUUUUUUCCUAUAAAUAUAAUAAGGACGGAGGGUUAACGUGGGAUAUGAAGAUUUGAUGGUUUAGUGUUGAGGGGAGCGUUUUGUGUUUUUAUAGACGAUCCCUAAAUGGCGUGAACGCGUGCACAGGAGUCCUCGAGCAGUGCGUUUGCCUGUCACUUCCCCACUUCAAAAUCACUAAGGAUAACUCCGGUGCUUGACACAUAUCAACGACACGACGGACUAAAAUCCAGAGGGAAUCUGGAAAACUAAAUGUUUGUGGAAAUCUAGGUCAGUCCGACAGGUACGCGUGAAGGGACAGUCUUUUUCAAUCUGACGUAUGAUUGCGUUCAGCAUGGAUUAAUAAGCAGCCGGCGAGGCUCGUACAGUGCAGUUGCCCGUAGAUGAACGACCUGUACCAUGCCGCCGGGGGUUUACUGCGACCUGCAGGAUGUGUGGGAGAAGGAGGGUCGGGAACAGGUCACCAUGGAGUUCCUCCUGCCAACGGGCAUCUACCUCAGUUUUCCCGUAGCAUGCAGUGAUACCAUCGCCACCAUCAAAACGAUGUUGUGGAGGAAUGCCCGGAGCGAGCCGCUCUUCAGCAUCCUGAGCAGUCCUGAUGCCUACGUGUUUACCUGUAUCAACCGGACGGCGGAGCGGGAGGAUCUGGAGGAUGAGCAGCGGCGCCUGUGUGAAGUGCGGCCCUUCCUGCCUGUCUUCAGGCUGGUUGCACGUGAAGGAGACAGAGUGGAGAAGCUCAUCAACACCCAGAUCAGCCUGCUCCUGGGAAAAGGCCUGCACGAGUUUGACACACAAAAGAACCACGAGGUAAACGAGUUCCGGGCAAAAAUGCGCUCCUUCUGCGAGGAGAAAGCUCAGGAUCGGCAACUGUUGCCAUGGCACCAGUGGAUGUUGUACAACUUUCCCUGUGACUUGGAGCCGUUCUCCCCGGUGGCUCAAAGUGGGAAGUCGCAGAUAAGCGUCAAAAAGAUUUUUAUCAACGUCAAGUUUGAGGCCAGCGAGGAGAGCUUCAUGCUGCAGCUGGACCCGCACGAUCUGCCUAUGGUUCUGAUGAAGAGCGCGCUCCGGAAAAAAGCCACGGUAUUCCGUGCAGUCAAGCAGGAGAAGCCCGAGGAUUACACCCUACAGGUCAACGGGAGAUGGGAGUUCAUCUAUGGGAAAUACCCGCUGUGCAGGUUCAAAUACAUUCUCUCGUGCUUGUACGGAGGCCAGACUCCCCAUCUGACCGUGGUGCAUCACUCCACUCUCUUGAAAUACCAGGAGGAGCAGGGAGGCUUGAGCAACCAGGUCUCUAAGAGCCGCUCUCAGUCUAAACCUCCGCCUCUGCCUCUGAAAAAGCAAAACACAUUAUCACUGUGGUCCAUACACGAGCCCUUCUUCAUCCAACUGCUGCAUGGGACUCGGGUCAACGCCGACGAGAGCAUGAAGCUGGUAGUCCAGGCAGGUCUUUUCCAUGGCAGCGAGCUUCUCUGUAAAGUGGUGACCAGCAGUGAGGUCAGCGUGUGCACGGACCCAGUGUGGGACCAGAAGCUGUCCUUCGACGUCCAUCUGUGUGACCUUCCUCGCAUGACACGCCUCUGCUUUGCCCUCUAUGGAGUCCUCGAUAAGCCCAAGAAGCAGCGGUCAACCAAAAAGAAGAACAAAAAGGCUGACUGUCCUUUGGCCUGGGUGAACACCAUGUUGUUUGACUAUAAGGACCAGCUGAAGACAGGAGAGAUCUUCUUGUCCACUUGGCCUUCAGCUCCAGAUGACAAAGGUGAUCUGCUGAACCCUAUGGGCACAGUAGAGAGAAAUCCCAACAUAGACAGCUCUGCAGGCCUCCUCAUUCGCUUCCCCAGUUUCAGGCCACAUCCUCUCUACUUCCCUCCGCUGGAAAAAUUGAAUGAAGUAAACGGUGAGAAGGCGGUUGCGACAAAAGAGGAGCAUAUGAAACUGAAAGAGAUAGUGGACAAUAAAAACCACACCGAGUUCUUUGAGGACGAGAAAGAGCUGCUGUGGAAGUUGCGUAGGGAGGUGAGAGCGAAUUACCCAGAGAGCCUCUCCAAACUGCUACUCAUCACUAAGUGGAAUAAACACGAGGACGUCGCCCAGAUCGUGGCUCUGUUACAGAGAUGGCCAGACCUGCCAGCUCUGCAUGCUCUAGAGUUGCUGGACUAUACUUUCCCCGACCCUCAUGUUCGCUCAUUCACCAUUCGCUGCCUCAGGAAGUUGCGUGAUGACGAACUCUUUCAGUACCUCCUGCAGCUGGUACAGGUUCUGAAAUAUGAGCCAUACCUGGACUGUGACUUGACUACCUUCCUCCUGGAGCGAGCUUUGUCUAACAAGAGGAUAGGCCACUUCCUAUUUUGGCAUCUCAAGUCUGAACUGCAUGUGCCCUCUGUCAGUCUGAAAUUUGGCCUUAUUCUGGAGGCUUACUGCAGAGGAAGCAUCUACCACAUGAAGAGUCUCAUGAAGCAGAACGAGGCUCUGAGUAAAAUGAAAGCUUUGAAUGACUUUGUGAAGUCGGCCUUUCAGAAGUCGGCGUCCAGGUCGCAGAUUACGGAGGACAUGAAACUGUGCAUUAAACAGGACACGUACUUGGAGGCGCUGUCUGGGGUCGUGUCCCCCCUCAACCCCAGUAUCAUCCUCUCUGAAAUCUGCUCGGACAGGUGUAAAUUUAUGGACUCUAAGAUGAAGCCUCUCUGGCUGAUGUACAAGAACAAGUGUGUCCAGUCAGACACGUCGGGCAUUAUCUUCAAGAAUGGAGAUGAUCUGAGACAGGAUAUGCUAACCCUUCAGAUGAUCCAGCUAAUGGAUGUUCUAUGGAAGUCUGAAGGGCUGGACCUUAGAAUGAUCCCCUAUGGCUGCUUGUCCACCGGCGAUAAGACGGGGCUUAUUGAGGUGGUGAAAAACUCAGACACCAUCGCGAACAUCCAGAGAAAUAAGAGCAACAGCGCUGCCACUGCAGCCUUCAACAAAGAUGCACUUCUCGACUGGCUCAAAUCCAAGAACCCAGGGGAUAAACUGGAUCAAGCCAUCGAGGAGUUCACACUGUCAUGUGCAGGCUACUGUGUAGCUACUUAUGUUUUGGGAAUUGGGGACCGCCACAGUGACAACAUCAUGAUCCGGGAGAAUGGUCAGUUAUUUCAUAUAGACUUUGGACAUUUUUUGGGGAACUUCAAGGCGAAGUUUGGGAUCAACAGAGAACGUGUGCCUUUCAUUCUGACUUACGACUUCGUCCACGUCAUUCAGCAAGGCCGGACAAACAACAGUGAGAAAUUUGAGCGUUUUCGUGAGUGUUGUGAACAAGCCUAUAAGAUCCUGUGUCGAAACGGAACUCUGUUCGUCAACCUCUUUGCCUUGAUGAGAGCUGCAGGACUUCCUGAGCUCAGUUCCUCCAAAGACAUUCAGUAUUUAAAGGAUUCCUUAGCACUCUGCAAAACUGAGGAGGAAGCACUGAAGAAUUUUAAAGUGAAGUUUAAUGAAGCUCUGCGAGAGAGCUGGAAGACCAAGGUGAACUGGAUGAUGCACACUUUUGCCAAAGAUAACAGAUGAACGCUGGCAUGUUGAAGCAGAAGCUUUGGCAUGUCUCUCAAUUCAAGUCCUGUUUUUUUUUUUAAAGCCUGGAUUUGAACCGGAUCCAGAACUAGUUUCUUCUUCAAGUGGAUAUGCUUCUCUAUUUUUAUUUUUAUUUUUUUUUUGUGUGUGUGUGUUGUUUAAUUGUUCAAUUGUUCAUGUCUUCAGCUACAAAAUGGAUUACGUCUGUAUGAAUUAGUCGUCAGGAACAUAAGGAAACUCAUAAUCGGCGCUAAUUUAUCCGCAGUCACUGACCUGAUGCUUUGUAAGGCACUGGAAAAUGUUUUGAACUUUGAAUAUGUGAUCUGAAAGGAGCGUGUAUAUUUAUAGUUUAGUUUGUACAGAUAACAUUGACUACUGGCCAGGAGAAAGAAACACAUUCAGUGUUUCAUAGCGUUUACAUUCCAUCUUACUUAAAGUUUUACUUUAUCUAUUUGUACUUGAAUGUUUCGGUUGUAAAUAUUCCUUAUUUUGUGACUUGUAUUUUGGUAUUUAAUGUUUUGCGCAGUAUUUUGGAUUCUUUUUUUUUUAUUUUUAUUAUGUGUAUAAAAAAGGAAAAAAAUCAUGAGAUCAUGACAUUCAUAAUUAUGGAUAUGAGACAGCAUUUGUACUGGAGAAAAGCAGAACUGAGCCUGAACUGUUUUGUCUUGGAUAUUUGUGACCUUGAGAUAUUUAUUAAGAUCUAAAGAGUUUCUGCACAUUUUCUCCACGUGUGUGUGUGUGUGUGUGUGUGGGGGGGUUCCUCUGGGUUUCCUCCAGAAACAACCUAUUGGGUUGAUUGGUUAUGUUAAAUUGCCCAUCUGUGUGAAUGUGUGUGCGCGAUGCCUUGCACUGGACUGGUGUCCUGUCUAGUUCCAGGAUCCACUGUGACCCUGACCAGGAUACAGCAGUUACUGAAGACUGAAUAAUAAAUAAAUGAAUGAAUACUUUAAGAUAUGUCGUCCAGACACCAGUAUUUUCCACAAUUUAUUUGCGGUGUGUGAACUCCACAAAGACAGAUCAGUUGACUUGAUCUACCUCUUUGGUAAAAGGCAAAAAAAGGAGAAGGUUUUUCUUUUUGUCCUGGCACUUUAGAGAUUUGUCAACCAGUGGAAACAACAUGUGCCUACGUUUGAGAUUAACUGCACUCACACACUUUUGAGCUACUUUUGUUUGUGUAAAAUCGCACUCUUCUUACUAUUUAAGCGCAGCUAUGUAUUUUGUCGUGAUUCCUCUUGAUGUUCCGAUUAAAUCUGCCUUAUUGUCUAAAUGUUAGCAGAUAAACAACAUGAUGUACCCUUCUAUGACCUGAAUGGUGUUAAAUGUGUGAGUAGAAAAGGUAGGACACGUCGAUCUGUGGACCCGAGAACGUGACAAACUCUUCUUCUUGCCUUUCAAUGUUGUUUUGAACACACCCAUGACAAAGUUCCUUCAGAAGUAUGCUAUAAGUCACAGGACUGACUACUUGUAAAGUAUAGGAGGUUUAUAACCAGGCAGAUUUUUCAGAACAAAUACAAAAAAAAAAAAAGUGAGGCAGUCUGCUAGUUUACCUGCAUACAGGCAUAUUGGCUUGCUAACGAGCUAGUGCCCCGAUUAGCUGUUUUGGUAACUAAAUAUACAAAUAAAAUAUUGAUGAUUUCUUCGGUGAUGUUUUCUGUUAACAAUGUACAGUCAUGUUAGCUCCUUGACUAGCUUUCUAUAAUUCUAUAGCUCCCUGACUAACUAACUAGCUAGCAAGAAUGAUAAGUAGGAUGCUCACAUGCUAUCAUGAAACAAAGCUAUGUUCCUGAAUUCUGUAGUAAUUUUGACCGGAUUUCUUUAGAAAAACAGGAUCGUUUUAACUUCUUUAACUUCUUUUGAAAUAAUGUUAAAAUAAUAGUUUUUGAGAUUCCCUCAGUGGGAAAAGCGAGAACGGUGUGCUAAAACAGUAUUGAAAUUCAGGGUGAAAGUCACUUCAGUUGAUCUGGCAGUCAGAUGCUUCUCAUCACUUUCUGUUUAUUUAAAUGAUGUUGGCCAAAUCAAAUUUGUAAAUGUUUAAAAAAUACAAAAAUCAACCCAGGAGCACUUACUUAUUUAUUCAUCAGCCUUUUAAUAAAAUGAUGCAACUGGAUUCUGCAGUUUUCUCUCACGCUAGUUUUUCCCCAUCCUCAUAAGGUGUUGCUAAAUGUGCAAUGCAUAUUUUUGUUAAAGAAAUGCUUUAAAAGGCAUAAAAGGACAAACUUUAAUGAUGCAGUGUCGGGUAUUUUGUUUAUUAUUCCACACUUCUUUUUUUUUUUGGCAUUUUAAUUUGAUAAAUGCAGUGGAGGUCUAAUGGAGUCUUGUGGGAGUCAAAUAAUUUUAGAUUUCAUUUAGUCACAAGAAAUAUAGAAAACAUGAUUUAGAAGGGGUUUAAAUGUAUUGGGAGAAUCAAUAUAAUUUUUUCAAGAAAUAAGGCAGUGAUAAAAUGUUCAGUACUUGACCCAUACAUGACCAGUAUGCUUCAUUAAAGUAUAUAUAUAUAUAUA